AUGGCUCCGGGGGCGUUCCCGCCCCCCCCGGGGCUCACCUGGGGGGUUCAGGUGUUGCGGGGGGCUCAGGUGCUGCGGCGGGCGCUGCUGCGGGCGGGGCUGGGGCUGAGCCUGGCGCUGCUGCUGCUCUGGGCCUCGCUUUUCCUUUACGGCUCCUUCUACUGGGCCUACCUGCCUGCGGCGGCCGUGGUGAGACCCCUGCACCUGGGCUUCAGGUCGGACUGUGACAGCCCCGGCCCCGAGCUCUGCUCCUUCCCCUCGGCCAACAUCUCCCUGCUGGGGGAGCACCGCGAGAAGGUGCUGCUCUAUGGGCAGCUGUACCGGAUCUCUCUGGAGCUGGAGCUUCCGGAGUCGCCCGUGAAUCGCGAGCUCGGGAUGUUCAUGGUGACCCUGACCUGCUACGGCACCGGUGGCAAAACCCUGGCCACGGCUGCCAGAUCGGCCAUGCUGCACUACCGCUCACGCCUGCUCCGUGCCCUGCACACCGCGGCCUUCGCCGGACUCUUCCUCAGCGGCUUCGCUGAGCAGAGCCAGACCCUGGAGCUGGAACUGAUGGGGCGCUACCGGGAGGACCCCUACACCCCGACCGUGGGGGCGUUCGUGGAGAUUCGCAGCCGGCGGGUGCAGCUCUACGGGGCGCGGCUGCGCGUGCACGCGCAUUUCAGCGGCCUCAGGUACCUGCUGUACCACUUCCCACUGACCUCGGCUGUGCUGGGCGUGGCCGGGAACUGGACCCUGCUGGCCCUGCUGACCCUCGGGGGAUACCUGCAGUGGGGGAGGGGUCCCCACCGGCCCCGCCCCACCCAGCCCCUCAGGUGA